AUGGACCCUGCUGCUUGCAGAGUCAUAUACAUUGAUGAGAGAUUCAACACAGAAAGAUGGAUAUCCAGAGAUGGUCUGAUGCCGAGUACACCGCAGAGAGCGGGAUCAGAAGUCGAAUUCUCAGAUCUUCCCUUGGACCUUCAGUCUAAUGUCAACGCUUUUUUGACCGUUUUCAAUCAAGUCUAUGUGUGUAGUUCCGGUAGAGCGUUUUCCACGAAGCUGUCUGAUCUUCACGACCAAGCGAAGUUCGAUUGCACACCUAUCCUUGCCUGUUUCGAUGUUGGGUCCGAAUCCAAGCACGACUCCUUGGGAACCCAGACCAAGUUCUUUCCUCCGGCAGACUCUCCGUUACCCUCUCCGACCCUUUUGAGGAAAGAAAUCACCUUCUCGUCCGAGUCCGAUGAGUCUUAUGGUCUCCAACUUCUGUCUAGAAUAGCAUCGGACUUGCAGGUAGAUGAGGGUGUCAAACUCAUCAUACCCGUGGCCAUUGUCUCAAGAGCACCUUACGGUCCAGAGUCCCAGCCGGUUGCGAUAAAGGAUACCUCAGACGUUGUUGACGCCCAACUCAUGUUGCAGUGUCUUGAUGCAGGUGCCCUCGAUGUGGUCAAGAGCCCUCUGAACAAGGCGGGCAUCAUGGGCUUGACUGUGCACGCAUAUCGGAUAUACAAGAACGCAAAGAAGGAACAAGCCGGGUUUAUGGGCAUGACCAGAAAAUCUCGCAAACAGUCGUGGGUGGGUGUGGAAGAGGAAAAGCCUUACGCCUAUCUUAGGGAAGCAAUGGUGAAGAAACUCCUCAAGGGUAUUUGCGAUCCUCAGAACGUCAUCGAGGAUUACCAAUACCGCGAUCUCUAUGUCCGAGAAAAGCGGAAACCUGUCAUCGCAGAGGCUGUCGGUUCGUGGGGCUUCGAUGGGCACGACUUCAAUGAGGACGAAUUGGUCUACGCCGGUUAUUUCAUGCUCAACCACGCUCUGGAGAAUCUCCAGUCUGUGGAUGAGUGGCGCAUGAGCCAAGCCGAACUGCUUCAUUUCAUGCAGGGUUGUCGCAUCGCGUACAAUUCUUUCGUUCUUUAUCACAAUUUCAGACAUGCUGUCGACGUUCUCCAGUCGGUCUUUUACUUCCUCGUACAGAUUGGCCUCCUCCCACCGUACCCCGUGGGCGCUGAACCGUCACCUUAUGCGAACCGACAAUCACCCAUCGCGCGGCUGUUGGGUCCUUUCGAGGCGCUCACUAUUCUCAUCUCGGCAAUCGGCCAUGAUGUUGGCCACCCAGGUGUCAACAAUAUGUUUCUGGUCAAAUUGAAUGCCCCUCUCGCACAGCUGUACAAUGAUCAAUCUGUGUUGGAAGCCUUCCACUGCGCCGCCUAUUCCCAAAUACUGCGCCGGCACUGGCCAGCCGCAUUCCAGGACAAGGACAUGCGAAAGCUUAUGAUCAGCACCAUCCUAGCAACCGACAUGGGCUUACAUUCAGACUACAUGCAGCAACUCGGCAAUCUUCAAGAAAAGAUUCACGAAACCCAAGUCACUGAGGGGUGGGCUCCUAAGGAUAUCGAGUGGGCGCGCACACUGGCCUGUGGCUUGCUAAUCAAGUGUGCCGACAUUAGCAACGUUGCACGUCCGUGGGCAGUGGCGGAAAAGUGGACGAAUCUCUUGCAGAAGGAAUUUGCUCAUCAAGGAGAAAUGGAGCAAGCCGUCGGCAUGGAAACCGCUCUCUUCGGUGGUCCUCCUGAACUGGGUAAUAUGUUGAAACUGGCUAAUGGCCAAAUUGGUUUCAUGACGAUAUUCGCCCACCCUCUUUUCGCCAAUGUUGCUGAUGUCAUUCCCGCAAUGCGAUUUGCAGCAGACGAGAUCCUCACCAACAAAGGCGUUUGGUUUACUCGAGCCGAACACGAGAAGACAAAGCAGCUUCUCAAAAGAACUACUGGGUUUGGUGACUCCGGGACGGUCAGUCCUCGAACGCAAAGCCCAGCUGGCCAUAAGGGUGUGCGUGACGAAGCGCCUACAUCGCCACUGAAAGGACGAAAUGAUGCGCUCGAAACCUCAGGAACUGGUACCGAUGUAAAAAAAAGCGGAGCCACAACGCCUCGAAAUACUUCUCGUCCAUCAUCUUUGGCAGCUGCUGCCGGAAUUGCCAUAACAGCGAAUGAAUCAGCGACUCGAUCGACGCCGACUGGCACAAGCCACACAGGCCUGGAGACUGCUGCUGAUCAGCGAAACUCUACCCCUGUUCUGACGAAUGGCGAUCACGCGCACGGUGGCUCACGCUCAACCGAGAACGAAACGACCACCAGCACGCCCAGACAGAGCGCCAUCGCAAAUGAACUACCGUCGGAAUCCUUACAGGCUCUCACCGACCCCCGGAGAGACGAAACCGUCUCCAUGCGUGCCGGCAGUGAGGCCAUUCCAGCUGAGGCGGUAGAAGUCGAGAAACAGGAAGGCUGGGACCAAGGAUACGUUUCCAAAUUCAAGUUCGCAACUUCGAAGCAAGACGAGCCGGUGCGAACUUACGAUCCAGAUCGUCACUACCCAGUAUCUCAUGCCAAUGCCAGAGCGAGUGCGCCCGCUAAAGACGGUCAAUCGAAACAUCAGGCUCAGGAUCCCUCUCCUUUCGCUGCUACUGCACAUUUGGGGACAGGUACAGCAUUCAGAGGCAUUGACGAACAGGCCAUCUCACCCGCCAUGAGCACAGCAGCAUCUAGCGCCGGCCCGAAAACUCCGGAUGAGCCGACUCACAAGCAUAACGGAUUUCACGACAUGCGCAAUCGAGCGGUUAGUGCACCUAUGCAUCCGACAAGCCCUGGACUUACACCGAGUUGUAGCAUGGGCAGCAACAGUGCUACAAGCCGAGAGAGCAGCAAGCUUGAUAUCCACGCCACGAUCUUGAGCAACGGUGAACCUAACGAGGCUGACGGGCGAGAUGGAAGAAGCGGCUCUAGAACAAUGGGCCGAAAGAGAAGCAAAUUAAGGCUAGGCCUUGCUUUCUGGAAGAGAAAAGGCAGUGAGAAAAUUUUCGCAGAAGGCGAUCGACCGGAGAGCCAGGGCAGCUAA